ACUCUAGAUAUACAAAUAACUAUUAUCCACUACCAUUUUAACGUGGACCACACUAUAGCGCAUUGUACUACGAUUGAAUACAAAGCGCAAGCGCCGUUGCUGCAUGUUGGGUUGCUCUACAGUGUCAAGUUUUCAACUGUCGUCUGAAAAUUUAUUGAUUUCUUGUCCAAUGAGCAAUGGCCACCAUAGUGAUAUCAAACAGCUGAUAUCAUUUGACGUUUGUCGUUUCUCGUUUGUGUAUCAGUCGAAUUUUAGGUUAGAAUAUUAGGAUUGUCAAUAACAAUUAUUGAUUGAAAAUAAAUUUGUCGUCUUUAAAAUAAUUUUUUAUUUAGAUUCAUCUAAAUGAAAUUCAUUCAAAUUCAACGCUAUGUAAUCGAAUAAUUUUUUACAAUGUAUUAUUCUAAAGGCGGGCCUCACAUCUUUUACAUAAUUUCUUGUUUUCUUUUCUGUCUUGGUGGGAAUGAAGGUAUUGGAAUUAGAAAUUAUGACAAGAAAGAAUUGUAUGCUCUCAGAGAGGAAGUGAGAGAGAUGUUUGAACAUGCCUACUCCAGCUACCUUCAAUAUGCUUAUCCAUACGACGAAUUGAGGCCUCUAACUUGUGAUGGUAUUGAUACGUGGGGAAGCUACUCGCUAACGUUGAUUGAUGCAUUGGAUUCGUUGGUUGUAAUGGGUAACUACUCAGAGUUCCAAAGAGUGUAUGACAUUGUGACUACCAAAGCCAAUUUCGACUCAAACAUCAAUGUUUCUGUUUUUGAAACAAAUAUCAGGAUUGUCGGAGGUCUUUUGAGCGCCCAUCUUCUCUCUCAAAGGGCCGGGGUGGAGGUGGAGCCAGGCUGGCCGUGCAACGGGCCACUGCUGCGACUGGCCGAGGACGUGGCGCGUCGGCUGAUUGCCGCCUUCGAUACGAAUACGGGCAUGCCCUACGGCACGGUCAACCUGCGCAGCGGCGUGCCGCCAGGUGAGACUAGUGUCACAUGCACGGCCGGCGUCGGCACCUAUAUUGUCGAGUUUGGCACACUGUCAAGGCUCACCGGCGACCCUGUAUACGAGGAGGUAGCGCUGAAUGCAAUGCAUGCGCUGUACAAGCAGCAGUCGACGAUCGGCCUGGUGGGCAACCACAUCGACGUGUCGUCGGGACGCUGGACGGCGCAGGACUCGGGCAUCGGCGCCGGCGUCGACUCCUACUUCGAGUACAUGGUGAAGGGCGCCAUCCUGCUGCAGCGACCCGAACUGGUGGCCAUGUUUCAGGAGGCGCGCGCCUCCAUCGAUAAGUACCUGAAGCGCGGCGACUGGUACCUGUGGGUCUCUAUGCACAAAGGCCAGGUCACGCUGCCCGUCUUCCAGUCGCUCGAGGCCUAUUGGCCCGGCCUACUCAGUCUAGUCGGUGAUAUCGAUGCGGGAAUGAAGUCAAUGCACAACUACUAUCAAGUGUGGAAGCAGUACGGCUUCACGCCGGAAUUCUACAACAUUCCUCAGGCAGAAGUUGGCCUGAACCGGCAGAGCUACCCUUUGAGGCCCGAACUGGCCGAAUCAGCCAUGUACUUGUACCGAGCCACCGGCGAUCCGUUCCUCUUGGACAUUGGCGUUCACAUCCUGCGCAGUAUCCAGCACAGUGCUUACACGCCAUGUGGCUAUGCUACAAUAGAAGAUACCCGAGACCAUACUCAGGAUAAUAGAAUGGAAUCCUUCUUUCUGGCGGAAACAACAAAAUAUCUCUAUUUACUGUUUGACCCCGACAACUUCAUCCACAACAAGGGUCAGCAUGGAACAAUUCAUACUCUGCCGUCCGGAAAAGAGUGCAUUCUUGAUGCUGGUGGAUACAUAUUCAACACAGAAGCGCAUCCGUUAGAUCCAGGUGCUCUCCUUUGCUGUUCGGAAAGUCGGGAAGAGCAAAUAUCACACAGCAAAAAGCAGGGAGAUUCAAGAGGAGAGCGAUGGAAGACAUCAACUCCAACUGCUGAGCAAGAAGACUCAAAAGGAGAGCAAUGGAAGACAUCAACUCCAACUGCUGAGCAAGGAGACUCAAAAGGAGAGCAAUGGAAGACAUCAACUCCAACUGCUGAGAAAGAAGAUACAAAAGGAGAGCAAUGGAAGACAUCAACCCCAACUUCUGAGCAAGAAGAUGCAAAAGGAGAGCAUUGGAAGACCUCAACUCCAAGUGCUGAGCAAAAAGAGCAAAGGAAAAAACCAUCAGCUCAAACUGCUGAGCAAGGAGAGCAAAGGAAAACACCAUCAGCUCAAACUGCUGAGCAAGGAGAGCAAAGGAAAACACCAUCAUCUCAAACUCCUGAGCAAGGAGAGCGAAGGAAAACAUCAGCUCAAACUGCUAAGCAAGGCGAGCGAAGGAAAACAUCAGCUCAAACUGCUGAGCAAGGAGAGCAAAGGAAAACACCAUCAGCUCAAACUGCUAAGCAAGGCGAGCGAAGGAAAACACAAUCAGCUCAAUCUGCUAAGCAAGGCGAGCGAAGGAAAACACCAUCAGCUCAAACUGCUAAGCAAGGCGAGCAAAGGAAAACAUCAGCUCAAACUGCUGAGCAAGGAGGGCGAAGGAAAACAUCAGCUCAAUCUGCUGAGCAAGGAGGGCGAAGGAAAACACAAUCAGCUCAAACUGCUAAGCAAGGCGAGCGAAGGAAAACAUCAGCUCAAACUGCUAAGCAAGGUGAUUCAAGAGGAGAGCGAAGGAAGGCAUCACCUCCACCUGAGAGACACACUUUUUCGAAUGGUCAUCCUCAAACCGACAAAUUUAAAAAAAACAUUGAAAAAGAUGAAACAUCGAACGCUGGUGGAGAAUCGUUUAUAGAAAUAAAAUUGGAACAUAAGUCGGCCGAUGGUAAAGUGACGUCGCAUGUCAUCAUAGCCGAGCCUACUAUUCCAGAAGAAACUGCAAGUUCGCUCGUCAAGGAAAUGACCAACUUCUUGGAACUGGUUGAGAUAUCAGUGGAACUGCUAGUUGAGAAUUUAUCUACUUUGGAUCUUGGGAGCGGAACUAUCCCAUUGGAUAAGGUGUCAAUGGCUUGGAUUAAAAAUUUUGAACAGAACAAAUCAUCUCUUAAAAAGAUAAUAUCCGAUGGUUUGCAGAGAAAUCAUCGUAACGCCGCGAUUUUCAGAGAUGAAAAAUUUGUCUCAUUACUUCUGAAGACUAUCAUCAACAAUUCUUUAAUGCUUAUAAAACUGGCUUCAAAGGAAGAUGAUUCAGAUUCGCUGGAAAUGGACAAUAGCGGAACUUUUGAAGAGAAAGUGAUUCAUUUCCGGAUAGUUCACAAGAAAAUUUUUGUCAUCUACAACGAUCUGUAUGAGAAAGUUUACUUGGGGAACAAAGAUGAAGUUGACGAAGAGUCCAACUUGGAGAAGGAAGAUGAAGUUGACGAAGAGUCCAACUUGGAGAAGGAAGAUGAAAUUGACGAAGAGUCCAACAUGGAGAAGGAAGAAACGUCUGACAAAGAAAAUGUUACAAGUGAAGAAACUUCUAACAAAGACAAUGUGACAAGUGAAGAAACUUCUAACAAAGACAAUGUGACAAGUGAAGAUGGCAUUCCAGUUACGAGACUCGUGGAUGCGGAAUCGAACGACAGCUCUUUCGCUUCAGGAGUGUCAUCUGAGAACUGGAAAUCGGAAGAUACUCUGUAUCAAGUUGACGACAGAGAGAAAGUGUCACCUGUGUCAAGGUCCGAUGCAAGUCCGAUGUUCACUGAUCGCAUUGACGCCACCGCAGAGUCUUCAGUCACAGUCCCGGAGUUCGUUUCACAGUUUCUCACGCCUUCCGGCUCCGAUGGGCCAGAAUUUGAUCCUCAACGACUAUUGGAGAGAAUUAGAUCUAGUCCUGGAUACAAUCGCAAUACUUCGUGGCUAGAAAAUUAUGAAUUACUUUCUUGCAGGCCUCAACCUUUCUACACUAGGAUAUCAUUGUCCGGAGAAUUUUUCAACCCAAACUGAAAACAUUGACUUGGAAUAGAAUUCAGAGCACUCAGACCUCUUUAUGUAUUAUUUGAAUAUUCACUAUGAAGUUGAAUGGUCGACUCUAGUCAGUUAUUAAAAAAUAAAUGUAAUUUCUCGUGUAGAAAACGUAUCUCCAAAUAACAGUAGAAGAUGGCGAUAUAAAGGUAAAUACAAGUUAUGAGAUUCUAUUCGAAUGGCAUAAAUUCCACAUCAAGGAUUCAAUAAAAACUAUUCAAAACUCAAACUCUUUUGAAUUUCAUUAGCAAAACCUAGAAUCUCAUCUAUUUUUUGAUUCACGCCAAAAUGUUAAAUUGAAAAUAGCUUAGUAACUAGUUAGCUAAGUAGCUACCGUAGUAUUAAGAUACUAAAAUAACAGAUACUUCCCCCAUAAUAUUCCAGUCUUGUAUGAUGUCUAUGCAUUCUCAAGGCUAAGAAAACUGAUUCUGUGUUUCAUGAUUCUCGGUGAUUUGUACUUAAUCUCAAUAAGUAUAAUAGUAAGUUAUUGAAUAAUAAUAUUAUUUAUUAAUUAGAAGUAUAUAGCUGGCUAUGUAGUAACCUUAAGUUAAUCAUUUUCAUAUGAAAAGAAAGUCCGUAUAUGCUCCACCAAUUCACUAUAUGUGUUUUCUCUAUAUGAAUGGGAAGUAAAUAGCCAGUUAAAGUUGCAGGAAUACUGUGUUUUAUUAAAUAAGAUAAUUAUUGGUGUCGAUUAA